UUCCAGAGUUCAGUUGAUUCAGAACCGUGGCAAAGACUGGUGUUUUAUCCUAGUGCCGUGACCAUCGAGGAAAAAUUCCAAGUGAAAAAAAAAAUUAGUGGAAGUUUUGUGAAGUUUUUCUAUUCAUGAUGGCGGGCGGGAAAUUUUCCCUGGGAUUACUUUUAGGAUUAUCUCUCAUAGGGCUCUCUGUGAGCGAUGAACGUAUUCGAUUUUGCUCUUCAAUCCGUUUUGCCGCCGAAUGCGAACAGAUGGACCGCGGAAAUUCCCAGGUCAGAUGUGUACGUGUCCAAGACAGCAUUGAGUGUGCUCAGAGGAUGCUCAAUAAUACAGCUGACUUUGGGAUCUUUGGACCUGAGAGUGUUCUUCAGAUCGGUGCUCUAGCUUGGGAUGGAAUGACAGUUGUGAAAGAACUUCGUCAUUCAGAUCGUGCCGACAAUCCAGUUGACUAUGAAUCCGUUGUGCUGGUUCGCAAUGAACAUCAGGGUGGGACUGAAGGUCUGCAAGGUGCUAAAUUUUGCCACCCAGGUCUUUUUUACGAUCGCUCCCAGCGAUGGUCUGAGCGAUUUCUCAAGCACUUUGAACGUACCGUGGUACCUGUUGAGUGUGAGCGCGAUGGUGUGUCCCCUGCAGAAAUUGAAGCUUCAGCUAUGUCCAGAUUUUUCUCAUCCGCCUGUCGCCCAGGAGCAUGGUCAAAUAAUCCUGAAGAAGACGAACGCCUCAAAGAGCUCUUUCCUAACUUGUGUGAACUCUGCGAUCCUGAUUCUAACACUUGCGACUACCCUCGCAAUGGAUCUGGAUCAGAAAACUCUCAUGCGGAAGCUGUGCGUUGUCUGAUUCGCGGAGGAACUGCAGCUUAUGUGGCUAGGGAAGUUGCUCAAGAUAUAUUCAAUGGAGAACUCCGUGAACAUGUUGAUAGCUUUGCUUACUUGUGUCCCAAUGGGACAUUGCAGAGCAUUACUUUCAACGAGAAUCCUUGUGUUUGGCUGAGACAACCGUGGCGCGUAGUUGUAGCCAGUGAUCCAAUGGCGGUGCAAUUGCCUCAGUUGAUGAAUGAUUGGUUCAACACCGGUAGAAGUGAACCCUGGAAGGAUGCUAUCAAGUCCAUUAUCACGUCGGAGAGCUCAGUUGUCCAUCGUCCACAAUCACUGCAGAGACUUCGGGAUUAUGUUCGCAGUAUUCGAGAGAUCCCUAUUGACUUCAACUUCUGUUCGACACGCGCAAGUUGGUGCACAACUUCAGCAGAUGAAUAUGAUAAGUGCAAAGUAAUCUCAGCUGGUGGUCUUACAUCGGGAGUUCUCCCUACCGUUGAAUGUCGAAAUCCAAGAUCAAAUGUCGUUGAAUGUCUCAGGGAUAUCAGUACAAAUGGUUCAGAUUUUAUGGGAAUUGACUCUAAUUAUGGUUUCCUGGCACGAAAUAUAUACAAUCUCACAGCAGCCAUGUAUGCCGAAACUGAGAGCAACAGAUACUCAUCAGUUGUGAUCCUUGUGAGAGCCAAUGCCACAUUCCGAGGCUUAGAUUCUCUCAGGGAUGCCAGAGCCUGUUUUCCAGAGUACGGAGGUAUCGCCAAAGUCACCUUUGUCAGCGCAGCCAAAGCUGAAGGACUUUUCCCGCAGAAUAACUGCAACUUCUCCGUUCUGCUUGGGGAAUUCUUUGGAGAAUCCUGUGUUCCCGGAGCUUCAGAUCCUCUUCACGAUCCCACUGGACACACUCCAGAAAAUAUCUGUAGUCUCUGUCGUCACAGUGUUAUGCCUGUGCGUCCAAUUGUUGAAGUAGAUGCUUCUGUUGACGGAGAUCGGAUAUCUAAGAGAUCUGUUCCCAUGCCACGCACUGAUGGUGAAGAGGCACCCGUUGGAGAAGAUGGUGAAGAGCCUCCGGUUGAAGACGAAGAGCCUCCUGCCGAUGAUGAAGAAGAAAGCCCAGUCGAAGAUCCAGUAGAAGAGGAACAUUAUCCAGAAUAUGAUGAAGAAAAGAAGACAAAAAUACGCCAGCAAUUGGACAGAAUCCCCGGAAACUGCAAUGCUGAUGCAACGAAUCGCUAUUUCGGAAACCAAGGCGCUCUCAGGUGCUUAGCAGAAGUUGGUGAUGUUGCUGUAGUUGAGCUGCAGUAUCUCAAAAAACAUGCACAGGAGCUUCUCUUGAACCCUCAUGAUUUCCGAGUUCUCUGCCGAAAUGGAAGUUUAGCAGCAUAUACUGGUUUCGAUGUUGAUUCCGACUGCGUUAUGACAACGAUUAUUGAUGGAGAGAUUGUCGUUCGGAGAGAUUCGACAAGACGUGAUGGCAUCGUAAACGCUCUCACAUCCUUUGAUCUCUACUUCCAGGUUCAACCAGACUUCAAAAUGUACAACAUUUUUGCUGGUGUGAAACAUCUUUUAUUCAAGGACUCCACGAUUGGACUUGUACCAGCAAAUAGUACGGAUUUGAGCACAAGUGUUCGGAAUUAUAUAGAACUCUUCGAUGACGUAGAAGUGUGCCAAAGAGGAGGCGCCCUCAAGGUGUUCCUGAAUACUUUCCUCAUCUUUGCAACAGUCUUCAUCACAAUUGUCCGGUUUCGGUAGAAAUUGCUCCAUUUCAGAAGGCAAAAGCAGCGUGGCACAAUUCUUUUGACAUCCUUAAUAUCUUUUUUUUACGUACCACUGAGUAACAUUUGUGUCCUUUUUUCUGUUCUCAUUUACUGAGAUUCAGAAGCAAGAUUAGGAAGUGACUAGAACACAUUGAUUUUUGAAUAAAGAACGAUCGAACUGA